UUAACAUUUACUUUUUGAAAAACAAGUCGAAAGGAGAAGCAAAUCUCCAAUUCUUUAAUAUUUUUACUUGAGUGAAAUUGAUAUUGAAGCCUAUUAUUAAUUAUACAAAAACAAAUGCCGAAUAUGAUUGUGUAACGCAUCAUGAAAAUAUCACUAUAAUAUUUACAUAUGGUAUUAAUGCAUGGACAACAAGUACUCUACUACCAGCGUUGAAUUUCCAUACAAUAUAUCUCUUGUCUGUAGUCAAUAAAAAAAAUGAAGAUGGGACGGUCCUUUCUGCUUCACUUUCUCUCUGUUUUAACCUUCACUACAUUCUUCUUAGUAUCCCAAACCGGGCCGGCGACUGGUCUGCCGCUGGCCACCAAUUCGAGAUGGAUUGUGAAUGAGAUCAGCGGGAAGAGAGUGAAACUAGCCUGCGUGAAUUGGGUUUCUCAUCUUGAGGUGGUGCUGGCCGAAGGGCUCAACAAGCAGCCCAUCGAUGCCAUCGUUGGCCGAAUCUCGUCGAUGGGGUUUAACUGUGUUCGCCUCACUUGGCCAGUCUACUUGGCCACCAACAACUCACUCGCCUCUCUCACGGUUCGACAGUCCUUCCAAAGGUUCGGUCUUGCAGAAGCCAUAGCUGGUAUUGAGGCCAAUAAUCCCUCCAUCAUCGAUAUUCCCCUCAUCAAAGCCUACCAGGCAGUGGUAGCUGGGCUUGGAAAAGGGAAGGUGAUGGUGAUCCUGGACAAUCAUGUUAGCAAUCCCAGCUGGUGUUGCCACAAUACUGACGGCAAUGGGUUCUUCGGCGAUAAAUACUUCGACCCAGAGCAGUGGAUUGAGGGGCUUACUCGAAUGGCGACGUUGUUCAAGGGUCACCGCAAUGUCGUCGGCAUGAGCUUGAGGAACGAGCUCCGUGGGCCCAGGCAGAAUGAAGACGAUUGGUACAAGUACAUGCAAAGAGGAGCCGAGGCAGUUCACUCGGCAAACCCAAAUGUUCUUGUGAUUAUCUCUGGUUUACAUUUCGAUACGCACUUGUCAUACCUACGAAAUCGAGCAUUCAGGCUCACAUUUUCUGGGAAGCUAGUAUUUGAAGUUCAUUGGUAUUCGUUUAUAGAUGGCAAGGCAUGGGAAAGUGAGAAUGCAAAUAAAGUGUGUGGUUGGGUGGGUGAUAACAUGAAGACACAAUCUGGGUUCUUGGUAAAGAAAGGAUUCCCUUUGUUUUUAAGUGAGUUUGGAGUGGAUGAAAGGGGGACCAAUGAGAAUGACAACAGGUACUUGAACUGUGCCUUAGCUGUAGCAGCUGAACUGGACUUGGAUUGGGCUUUGUGGACUUUGGCUGGUAGUUACUACUUCAGAGAAGGUGUUGUUGGAUUAGAUGAGGUUUAUGCAGUCUUAAACAAGGAUUUCAAUGGACUCCGAAAUGCAACUGUCUUACACAAGAUCACUUCACUCCGACACUCAUUUCAAGGGCCAGGCUUAUCAACAAGUCGAUCACACAAAGUCAUUUUCCACCCAGCAACUGGUGAUUGUGUUGUAAGAAAAUCCCAAUCGGGUCCAUUGGCAUUAGGUCCUUGCUCUAGUUCUGAUGCUUGGCAUUAUUCACAUUAUGAGAAUACACUGACGAUCAGAGGAACACCCUUCUGCUUACGAGCACAAGAAGUGGGGAAACCAGCCCAACUUAGCAAAGAUUGUACUGCCGUUGACUCCAAAUGGAAGCCCAUAUCGGAUUCUAACUUGCAACUCUCCACUACGACUGGCAAAAACGACACCGUUUGCCUAGACGUUGACAGUAGUGCGAAUGAGGUUGUCGUAAAUGCUUGUUAUUGCGUGAGUGAAGAUAGUUGGUGUGACCCGUCUAGGCAAUGGUUCAAACUUGUUUACAGCACAAGAAAACCAAAGGCAGGAUCUUUUUCUAAGAUGAUGAUAACUCCAACAAAUGAUGGACUUGCCGAUUGAGGAAUCUGAUAAUGGAAGUCUUUGCUCACAAUGUUAUCUUUAGAGAAUAAUUUAUAUAUGGUUUUGAUUUAUUCUAGCUCAAAACCAGUAUUAUUAAGAUUGUUUACUUCGUCUAUAUAGAUAUGUGAAAAACCAUCUAUAUUAUGACAAUCGUUACGUUAUUUUAUAUCAUCUUAAAUCAGAUGAAUCAUAAAAUAAUAUAUUAUAUGCAA